CAUGUGAUUUAAGAGCUUUGGAAAUGAUAUUCAUGUGUUUAUAUGUAUGGAUUUUGGUCUUGGUGGAUGUAUUUGAUGAGUGAGUUCAUGACUUUUAAAAUGAUGGUUAUCUAAGGCUUGUUGUGGUGAAAAUUUAGAGGUUUUGAGUUAUAAUAUGUGAUAGAUGAUGAAUAUAAUUUUUAUUGAUUAUUUGGAGCUAGUUAAAGAUUUAAAUUGUUUGUCUUGGAGAAAAUUAUUAUUUUGGUGUCAUGGGUCACUUGAUGAUGUUAUAAAAAUCUUGUGGGAAGCACUUGUAAAGUGUGGAGGUUUUGAUGUUAGAUAUGACACCUUGAAAGAUUUAUGAGUAUAAAUGGGAGUCUAUGCCUUGCAAAUUAAAGUGUUUUGAGAAAUUUUGGAAGUAGAAUACAUUACAUGUGAGGUUGAAUACUAGGCUUGCCUAAUUGAGUUCUUACUUGGCAAUUCCUAAUUUGUAGUUAGAUACAAUUUCAAGCUUUGUGCUCAUUGUGAUAGAUUUGCUUGACAUUGUUUAGGUUCUAGCUAAUCUCCCCUUGGAGCUUGGAGAAUUAGGAUUUUUGCGGUUGCGAGGUAUAAGUACCUUGGUACAUUAUGCCUCCUAAAAAGGAAGCACGUAAAGUAAGGCAUGUGGAUGAGGUUACAGCUCCAGAGCAUGGCCAUAGGCAACGCCAAGAGCGUGAGAGAUCUGUCACUCCUGAUGGUGGCGAGAUUGAUGAGGUGGCAGACAGGAUUUAUGCUAGGAUUGCUAGAGCAGUCCAAGGUGGUGAACGUAGGAGGGGGGAUUGCCUUUUUGCGGAGUUCCGUAAGCAAAACCCUCCAACUUUUGAUGGGGGACCUGAUCCUAUGGCAGCAGAGAAUUGGCUGCUAAAGAUGGAAAAAUUACUGAGAGCCCUUGAAUGUACUGAUGCUCAGAAGGUGUUGUAUGCCACUUAUGCUCUUCAGGGUUCUGCUGAUAGAUGGUGGUCAAGCACUGAGCCAUUGUUGAGUACGGAGUUGGGAAGGGGCACUCCCAUUACUUGGGAGAAGUUUAAGGAAGUUUUCAAUAGGACAUACUUCCCCGAUGUAGUGAGGGACCGUAAGGCAAGAGAAUUUUCUGAUUUGGUUCAGGGGGCUAUGACAGUGGAGGAGUAUGUUGCUAAGUUUAUUGAGCUCUCUUGCUUUGCUCCUUACUUGAUUCCGGAUGAGUCCAAGAAAGUGAAAAAGUUUCGGGAGGGCCUUGAUGGUAGGAUUCGCCCUCUCAUUAUAGCCUCUGGAGUGGAUACUUUUACGAAGGCUGUGAAGCAGGCAAUGAGUCUUGAAGAAGACUUUAAGUACAACCCCAGUUCCAAGGAGAGUGAAAAGAAGCAAGGGCCCUUUCAUUCUCAACACAGUAAGGGUCAAGGGCAUAAGAAAGGAUUCUUUAAAAACUCGGGUAAUAGAGGACAAUCUUCUAGGCAUAGCAAGAAUGCCUAUCCUCAGUCUGGUGAUAAGAAAUCUUGCUCUCAUUGUGGUAAACUUCAUGAUGGACAAAAUUGUGAUGGGGUCAAGAUUUGCUUUACUUGUAAGCAACCCGGACACUUUGCUAGAGAUUGCCCAAGUUCUAAGGGCUCGGGUUCCUCUUCCUCAUCUCAAGUUGCAAAGGGUAAUGACAAUGGGAAGAAGGUGCAAGGUAGAGUGUAUGCCUUGACUACUCAGGAUGCUCAGGCCACGGAUACAGUGGUGGCAGGUAUACUUCCUUUGUUCUCUGCACAUGCUAAAGUUCUUUUUGAUCUUGGUUCUACGCAUUCUUUUGUUUCUUGUGCAUUUGCUAAAAAUCAUGACAAGAGCCCUGAACUACUUGAUUUUGAGUUAUCGGUUUCUACCCCUGUUGGUGAUACUUUAAUGACUAAUCUUGUGCUUAAAUCUUGUAUUAUUUGUAUUGAGGGUAGAGAGUUAUUGGCUGAUUUGGUGUUGUUAGAUAUGCAUGAUUUUGAUGUCAUUUUGGGCAUGGAUUGGUUGGCUUCUUACCAUGCUAGUGUGCAUUGUUUUGAGAAAAAGGUGGUGUUUAGGCCUCCAGGUGAAUUAGAAUUUCUAUUUAAGGCUUCAUGUUUGCCUUUUAUGCCUCGUGUGAUAUCAUGCAUACAAGAAAACCGCUUGCUUAGAAAGGGAUGCCAAGGAUUCCUUGCUAGUGUAGUGGAGUUACAAAGUGGAGAAUCGGAGAUAGGAGACAUUCCCAUUGUGAGGGAAUUUUCAGAUGUUUUUCCUGAUGAUCUACCUGGGUUGCCCCCGGAUCGUGAGAUUGAGUUCUCUAUUGAUCUCCUUCCUGGCACUGCACCUAUUUCUAAGGCACCAUAUAGAAUGGCACCCUCAAAGUUGAAAGAACUUAAGGAGCAAUUGGUAGAAUUGUUGGACAAAGGAUUUAUUCGCCCUAGUGCCUCGCCUUGGGGAGCUCCAGUUUUAUUUGUUAAGAAAAAGGAUGGGUCUAUGAGAUUAUGUAUUGAUUAUCGUGAGCUUAAUAGAGUCACCAUAAGGAAUAAAUAUCCUUUGCCUCGUAUUGAUGACCUAUUUGAUCAGUUGCAAGGAGCACAAGUCUUUUCUAAGAGUGAUCUUCGUUCUGGUUACCACCAGUUGAAGAUUAAGGGUGAGGAUAUACCAAAGACGGCCUUUCGAACUAGAUAUGGUCAUUAUGAAUUUUUGGUGAUGCCGUUUGGAUUAACUAAUGCCCCUGCUGCUUUUAUGGAUUUGAUGAAUAGGGUAUUUCAUGAGUACUUGGACCGAUUUGUCAUUGUGUUCAUUGAUGAUAUUUUGAUUUAUUCUAAGAGUCAAGAAGAGCAUGAAGAACACUUGAGGAUUGUUUUACAGAUUCUAAGAGAAAGGAAGUUGUAUGCUAAGUUGAAGAAGUGUGAAUUCUGGUUGAAUCAAGUAAUGUUCUUGGGUCAUGUGAUAUCUAAGGAUGGAAUUACAAUGGAUCCAAUAAAAGUUAAGUCAUACUGCAUUGAUUAUCCAAGCCUGAAUAUUCAUAAUUAAGAGAAACAAGAAUUUGGACCUCACGGUUGAGCGAGCUUAUGCACAUCUUUUAACUCCAUCUAAACAACUA